AUGGGUGACGACAGACGCCCAUUCUCGCAUCCGGCGACCAUCAAAGAAGCCAUUUCUGAUCCGUCCCUCAUCCACGAGCAGGGCUUCAUUGGAGGCCAAUGGGUCAGUGGGACGAAGACAUUCCCCGUCUACGACCCUGCGACAGACAAAGUGAUUGCCAACGUGGCCGAUCUCGGGGCCCAAGAUUUCAAGGCAGCAAUCAACCACGCUGAAGCAGCUUUCAAGGAAUUCCGGCUCACGAGCGAACAUGCCCGCUCCAAGAUGUUGCACAAAUGGGCGGCAUUGGUCCGCUCCCACGCCGACGACCUCGCCGUCAUUCUGACCAUGGAGAACGGCAAAACCCUGCCAGAGGCUGCGGGAGAAGUCGAGUAUGGUGCCUCAUUCAUCAGCUGGUUCGCAGAGGAAGCCAUCCGCUCCUACGGCGACGUGAUUCCUUCCCAGCAUGCUCAAAGUACCAACCUGGUGGUCCGCCAACCCAUUGGUGUCUGCGGCAUCAUCGCGCCCUGGAACUUUCCCAUCGCCAUGAUCACGCGAAAACUCGGACCUGCCAUCGCCGCAGGCUGCACGGUGGUCAUCAAGCCACCCUCCGAAACACCUCUGUGCACCCUGGCCCUGACUUACCUCGCACAGCAAGCCGGUCUGCCGCCCAACGUGAUCCAGGUGGUGCCGACAAGAGACCGAUCUGCCACCACCGAGCUCUACACCAACCCGAUCGUGAAGAAGAUCUCCUUCACCGGCUCCACUCCGGUCGGUAAACUGAUCACGGCAGCGGCGGCCGGAACGAUGAAAAAGGUGUCGAUGGAACUGGGCGGCAACGCGCCGUACAUUGUCUUUGACGAUGCCGACCUCGUGCAACGGGGCAUCCACGACCGGUUCGUGGAGUCGCUGCUGGAGCGCAUGCGCAGCUUCAACAUCGGAUCGGGUCUGGACCCUUCGGUCACGCACGGGCCGCUCGUCAACCGGGCUGGGGUGGCCAAGGUCCGCGCACACAUCGACGACGCCGUCAGCAAGGGGGCCCAGCUGAUCGUUGGCGGCCGGGUGCCAGACGAGAACAGUACCAAUGGCAAGGGUUAUUUCAUCGAACCGGCACUGCUGACCGGCGUCACCCAGUCGAUGCUGGUGGCAAAGGACGAGACGUUCGGCCCGCUGGCGCCCGUCAUCAUGUUUGACACGGUGGACGAGGUCAUUGCCAUGGCCAACGACACCGAGUUUGGCCUCGCGGGCUACUUCUUCGCCAACGACCUGCGCAAGGUUUGGAAGGUCGCCCUCGCCCUCGAAGUCGGCAUGGUGGGCGUCAACACGGGCAAGAUCAGCGCCGCAGAGGCGCCCUUCGGAGGUAUCAAAGAAAGCGGCUUGGGGAAGGAGGGCAGCAAGUACGGCCUGGCCGAGUUCCAGGUGAUGAAGAACGUCACUUUGGGAAAUUUGGGCGUUUGA